GUGAGAGGGAGAGAAAGGGAAGGAAAGUGACACAGAGCGAGAGAGAGAGAGAGCGCAAGACAGAGGGAGACAGAGAGAGAGAGAGGACAAGGGACAGUGAGUCUCUCUGAAGUUUUUUUCUCCAGUACUGAGACAUCAUCUCCCCCACCCUGACCAUCAGCAGGCAGGCGAAAUUUCUGGACAAGUGACGGCCGCUGCCACGUGAUGUGGUUCCUGGAGAGCGUAGGCCGCACAAUGACGGGGCCCAGCGACGGAGGGAGGACCCGAGGACGGCGCCAUCGACCGGGGCAGGCACAGGGUGGCCACCCGAACGUGCUGACCCCGGACAGGAUCCCUGAGUUUUUCAUCCCGCCCUCGCUCGCCCCCGGGAGGGCGUCUCCCUCUCGCCCACGGAGGCAGCGGCCCACCCGGGGUGAAAGGGAGGAAAGGGAGGAGGAAGAGGGGCCUGCAGGCCUCAUCCCGCGGUGCGCUAACCCUGGGGAGAUUGUCUGCCUUUCUGAGAGCCCGCACACCCGCCGGAAGGAGUCACUUUUCCAUGGCCCCGAUCUCUGCCACCCCGGGGAGAGCUCUCCCAAGGCCUGGUGCAGGGAGGCAAGCCUGAGCACUAGGCCUGAGUCUCAUGCCCGAGAACCAAGCCUGAGCAGGAGGCCCGAGGCUUGGAGUUUGAACACUAGGCCCAAGGCUCAGAACGGGGCUGAAAGCCUGAGGCCUACACCGGAUGCCCAGAGCCUGAAUGCUUGGCCUGAGGCCCGAAGCUGGACCCAAAGCCUGAGGCCUAGGCCCAAAGCCCAGAGCCUGAAUACUAGGCCCAAGGCCUGGAGCUGGGCCCAAAUGUUGAGAUCCAGGCCUGUGUCCCAGAGCUGGGCACAGAGCCUGAGGCCUGGAGGCCUCCCGGACAGCGACACCGCCUCCUCCUCGGCCGAGUCCUCGCCCUUCAACUCUCCCUCGCCCGCUCGCCUGCCGCACUGGGCCCUCACUGUAGACGGCGACGACAGCAGCUCGUCCGAGAGCAGCCCCGUGGUCCCCCGGAGGGCUGGGCGGGAUUUGGGAGGCCCCCUCCGCUAUCCAGCCACCCCCCGACGGCAGCACCCGUUGGGCCUGGCGGGGGAGGUGGAGGAGGAGGGGUGCUGGGUCACUCUGGACACCGGGGGCAGGCUCCUUCUGUCGUCAGAAUACACGGCAGAGAGCCGGCUGCUCCGCGUGAGGCUGGUGAGCGGGCGGGGCCUGUACCCGGACUCCUUCCCCGCCGCAGGGGUCAGCUGCUGCGCUGCCCUCUGCCUCUUGCCCGGGAGGACCCAGCAGCAGCGGAGCACUGUCGUCCGGAGGAGCCGGAGCCCAGUCUUCGACCAGGAGUUUGUCUUUGAGGGGGUUGCCGUGGGCGACCUCCAUGACAAGGCCUUGGGCCUAAAGGUCAUCAACAAAGGCUCCAGGAUGAGGAGGGAUUGCGUUUUGGGACAGACCCAACUAGGCCUGGUGGCCAUCUUGUCUGGCAACCACACAUUGGCCAAGGGUUAGACCCAGAGUGAGUGCGAGGGGCGAGGGAGGGGGACGGAUGGAGGGGGAGCGAUCCCUCGCCUGCAAGCCAAUGUUAGGAAAACUUUUUGAUUUCCGUCUGUUUGUUCGUCUGCUCGCUGCUUUUGUAAUAAAUUGUUGCCAUUGACGACG